GCACCUGACUUCGUUCUGGUCUCUCUUCCAGCUCCUUCCCCAAGUCUCAGCCAUGGCCAUGGCGGUAGCCCAGAGGUUCAGCCACCUGCUGUCCAAUCUGUGGCACGUUGGCCAGGGGCCUGUGCAGCCAGAGCCCGUGUUCACGGUGGGCCGUGCCGAGGUGCCACCCCUCUUCUGGAAGCCCUACAUCUACGCGGGGUACCGGCCUCUGCACCAGACCUGGCGCUUCUACUUCCGCACGCUCUUCCAGCAGCACAACGAGGCGGUGAACGUGUGGACGCACCUGCUGGCUGCGCUGGCGCUGCUGCUGCGGCUGGCCAUGUUGGUGGGCACGGUGGACUUCCAGGAGGACCCGCACGCCUUGCCACUCUUCAUCAUCGUCCUGGCUUCCUUCACCUACCUCUCCUUCAGCGCCCUGGCACACCUCCUGCAGGCCAAGUCAGAGUUCUGGCACUACAGUUUCUUCUUCCUGGACUAUGUGGGUGUGGCCGUGUACCAGUUUGGCAGCGCCCUGGCACACUUCUACUAUGCCAUUGAACCUGCCUGGCACGCCCAGGUGCAGGCCAUCUUCCUGCCCACGGCUGCCUUCCUCGCCUGGCUUUCCUGUGCCGGCUCCUGCUACAACAAGUAUACCCAGAAGCCAGGCGUACUGGGCCGCAUGUGCCAGGAGGUGCCCUCGGCGCUGGCCUACGCGCUGGACAUCAGCCCCGUGGUGCACCGCAUCCUGAUGUCCCCUCACCUUGACACGGACGACCCGGCUCUUCUGUACCACAAGUGCCAGGUGGUCUUCUUUCUACUGGCUGCGGCUUUCUUCUCGACCGUCAUGCCUGAGCGCUGGUUCCCUGGCAGCUGCCACAUGUUUGGGCAAGGCCACCAGGUGUUUCACGUCUUCUUGGUGCUGUGCACACUGGCUCAGCUGGAGGCCGUGUCGCUGGACUAUGAGGCCCGGCGGUCCAUCUAUGAGCCUCUGCACACUCGCUGGCCCCACAACUUCUCCGGCCUCUUCCUACUCACUGUGGCUAGCAGUGUGCUCACUGCCCUCUUUCUCAGCCAGCUGGUGCGCCGCAAACUCCAUCAGAAGAUCAAGUGAAGGGUGGGUGACAGCUGGGGGUGGGGAGGGAAGGGAGAAUGCGAGAGGGGUUGGGGUAGGCAGGGGGCCCUGGCUUAGCUCCAGAUGGGAACAAGGCCUGGUCAAGUUGCUUAUGUCUGGCCACGGUGACUCACUGCACACACCUCCGUUGGUAAGGUCACACUGGCUUGAGGACUGGCCAGGAUCUUUUGGGCCUGCCUAGCUCCCUGACCUGGGAGAGGGAGAGAUGAAGGUGUGGACCCCCAUCCUCCCCCCUUGCUGGCUGCCCAUCCACUGCCUCAUACCACAGGGGCUGGUCAGCCUGGGUCAGGAUCCUAGGGUGGGGCUUCCAGGUUGUCUAGGUGGGAGGUGAAACUUAGGCCACUAUCAGAUGGGAGCUGGGAGGCUCUACCACUAUGACAGUUCAGGAGAGGAGAGGGAGCAGGGUCAAAGAUGUGCCUGGAUUGUUGACCCCCACCCUCUAUUGUAAGGGAGUCCUAUCCUGUGUGCACAUCCUCCCGGUCACCACCCAGUGUUCCCCAAUUCUCCUAGCUCUGGUCUCUGUCCCACACAGUGGUGUCAGCUUCUGCCCCAUUUGCCUUGUUCCUGAUGGCACCAGUCAUCACUCUGUUUCCUGGCCCUCUAGUCAGUGCAUCAGGGCAGGAUGACAAGGGCUUUCCCGGAAUGAACCAUCCAAGGAAGCACCUUGGGAAGAAUGCUCAAUGCUGCUUGGGGCAUUCGGGGUAUUGGGUCCGGAAGGGUGAGUAGGAGUUUGCAGAAUAGAAGGGUGUUCCAGGCAGAAAGGAAAUCUUGUGCAAAAGCUCAGAGAUGCAGGAGCUGUUCUGUGGGGCUGGAGCAGAGGGUGGUCUGAACUCUGAACUCCUGGAUUCAAUAAAGUGACUGUGAUAAAAGCUCCUUUUUGCCUUUGUCUGCCCCCCACCCCCACCCUCUCUCCUGGUACUAGAGUUUGAACUCAGGGCUUCACAAUUGCUUAGCUAUUUGUUUAACUGGUACUCUACCCACUCAAAACAAAACAGACGAGCCACACCUCUAGCCCAGCAAGAUGUUUUGUUGGUUAUUUUGGAGAUAA